CUGUAGGGCGUCAUUUAGGUCAUCUAUGGCGCCGCUCACUAAGGCGCUGAAGUGUUCCUCGUUGCAGGCGGUUCUUCUACACUAACACUAACGGCGUUCGACGAGCACGACGUUGCAGUUGUAUCCCUGACACUCUGCUUCUCAUGGCUUUCGUCUCCAGCUACAAGCUUCUGCGAUGCAGACCCAGUGUUCAACUCGUUAUCCCCAAAGUUUCAGUCUCUUCCACCCUUGAUCUCGUCCGCUUCUUCAGUUCCGCUGAGGAUUCUUCCUUUGAUGGAAGCGCCGCCCAUGAUGAUGAGCCAGUUGCAUCCAGUCCACAGCAGGAACCCAGAUUCCAGAGGGCUGCAGAUCAAGAACCGAAUAUGUUUCAGAGACGCCCAAGAGGUAAGCAUCAAACCCCUGAAAAAUUAGAGGAUGUUAUCUGCAGAAUGAUGGCGAACCGUGCUUGGACUACCCGGUUGCAGAAUUCAAUCCGGAACUUGGUUCCGGAAUUCGACCAUUCCCUUGUUUAUAAUGUGUUGCAUGGCGCUAAGAAAACAGAGCAUGCGUUACAGUUUUACAGGUGGGUUGAGCGUGCUGGACUUUUUAACCAUGACCGAGACACCACUUUGAAAAUGAUUCAGAUUUUAGGUCGCUCUUCGAAGCUAAACCAUGCUCGGUGCAUUCUGUUUGAUAUGCCCAAGAAUGGUGUUGAGUGGGACGAGGAUUUAUUUGUUGUAUUGAUUGAUAGUUAUGGUAAAGCUGGAAUAGUUCAGGAGGCUGUUAAAAUCUUCCAGAAAAUGAAAGAAUUGGGUGUAGAAAGAACCAUUAAAUCUUAUGAUGCUUUAUUUAAAGUGAUUCUUAGGAGGGGACGGUAUAUGAUGGCGAAAAGGUAUUUUAAUGCAAUGUUGAGGGAGGGAAUAGAGCCCACUCGUCAUACAUAUAAUAUCAUGCUCUGGGGUAUGUUCCUGUCUUUGAAGCUGGAGACUGCUCUGCGUUUCUUUGAAGACAUGAAAGGCAGAGGCAUUUCGCCAGACGUGGUAACUUAUAACACUAUGAUCAAUGGGUAUUAUCGAUUUAAGCAGGUGGAGGAGGCGGAGAAAUUAUUUACUGAGAUGAAGGGAAGGAACCUUGUGCCUAAUGUGAUAACUUAUACUACGAUGUUAAAAGGGUAUGUUGCAACAGGGCAAAUUGACAAUGCGCUUGCGACCUUUGAAGAGAUGAAGUCAUCUGGUAUCAAGCCAAAUGCUGUCACGUUCACUACCUUGCUUCCUGGGCUUUGUGAAGCAGACAAAUUUGUUGAAGCUCAAAAUGCUUUGACGGAGAUGGUGAAUAGAUAUAUUACUCCUAAGGAUAAUUCCAUCUUCCAGAAAUUGCUGACUUGCCAGUGUAAGUCUGGUGACUUGGAUGCAGCUGCAGAUGUACUAAAGGCAAUGAUUCGACUGAGCAUUCCUACGGAAGCUGGUCAUUAUGGAAUUUUAAUUGAGAAUUUUUGCAAGGCUAAUGCAUAUGAUAGGGCAGUAAAAUUAUUAGACAAGUUAGUUGAGAAGGACAUCAUUUUGAGGCCACAGAGUUCUUUAGAAAUGGAACCUGGUGCUUAUAACCCGGUGAUCGAGUAUCUGUGCAAUAAUGGUCAGACUUCUAAAGCAGAAACAUUUUUUCGGCAGCUAAUGAAAAAGGGUGUCCAGGAUUCAGUUGCUUUUAAUAAUUUGAUCUGUGGGCACUCAAAAGAAGGCAACCCUGAAUCAGCUUUUGAAAUUAUUAAGAUCAUGGAUAGGAGAGGAGUUCAUAGAGAAGCAGAUUCUUACCGGCUGCUUAUUGAGAGCUGUUUGAGGAAAGGUGAACCAGCUGAUGCUAAAACAGCUUUGGAUAGCAUGCUUGAAAGUGGAAACCUGCCAGAUUCAUCGCUUUAUAGGUCAGUUAUGGAGAGUUUGUUUGGUGAUGGUAGGGUUCAAACUGCAAGCAGAGUAAUGAAAAGUAUGGUAGAAAAAGGGGUGACGGAGAACAUGGACUUGGUUGGUAAGAUCUUGGAAGCCCUUCUAAUGAGAGGUCAUGUUGAGGAAGCCCUGGGCCGAAUAGAUUUGCUCAUGCUUAACGGGCAUACACCUGAUUUUGAUAGCCUUUUAUCUAUUCUUUGUGAGAAAGGAAAGACAACUGCUGCUUUGAAGCUGUUAGAUUUUGGUCUUGAGAGAGAUUGUAUUAUAGACUUCUCAAGUUAUGAUAAAGUUUUGGAUUCCCUCCUAGCAGAAGGAAAGACCCUCAAUGCAUAUUACAUUUUAUGUAAAAUUCUGGAAAAAGGAACUACAUCAGAUUGGAGUAGCUGUGAGGAAUUGAUCAAUAGCCUUAAUAAGGAGGGUUACACAAAGCAAGCAGAUGUUUUAUCUAGAAUGAUCAAGGGACCUGAGAGAAGCCCGCUGAAGAAAAAAGGCAAGAAGCAAGCUAGCAUGGCUACCUAAUGUAUUCCGUCUUCAUCAUUUCUGUUUUAGAGGUUAGCAGUAUGAUGAGCUAUUAUUUCAGAGCAAUAAUUUGUCACAAAUGGAUCCAAAGUUGUAAUUCCCUUCGACUGAUUGUGAUGUUCUUCAUGCUGGAUCCCAAUCAUCUAGGCUUAAAAUUGCUUAUUUUUAUGGUUCACAUCCACCUAGUGAUAUCCAAGUUAUCCAAUUUUUUUUUUUACAUGACAUGUUUUGUUGGAAUAUUGUAAUUGAAAACUGAAUGCCGGUUUUCUAUUUAAUGUUUAGAAAAUUCUCCUGAAA